AUGUCAGCAGACCCUACCAGCAACAGGUCGUCACGUAACGCUAGCGCUAAGCAAAGUAGUGCAAAAAUACCUAAGAAACUGCACCAGUUAGAACCAAUGACAAUAAAACAGAAGUUUAAUAACAGUGUUUCGAACAUAAAAUUCAAAAGUUGUGAACUUCCAAAACUCUCAAAAUACGAUGUGAAUUGGUUUCGUUUGCAGCUUCAUGAAAAUCUUCUUAUCAAUCUUCUGCAGAAUGGUUAUCAUCAAACAUUUUCAGAAAUAUUCUAUCUAAUUGAUUUCGAAGAAAAAAGACGCCUACAACAUGGAAUCUCUUCACCCUACUGGUAUGCAACCCAGCUGACUGAAAGACGCGAUAUAUUAGCUGAAUUGAUGACACAUUUGAUAAAUGCAGAAAAUGCUUAUCGUUUAAAUCACAUAGAAGAGGUAUAUAAAGAAAAUUUAUAUUUAGCGGGAUUAUUUCGUUCAAGUGUCAAAGAUGACUGGUUAUUGGAGUAUUUUUUACAAAAGUCUAUGAAAAUUGUCAAUCAAGCGUAUAUAACAGUUAAAAAUAUGCUAAGGACUCAAAAAACACCUGAUGGAUCAAUCAAAAAGAAUUUGUGUGACAUGAAAAUUGUGUUAAAAAAGCGUCUACUUGAAGCAGUUUUCCAUAAUGCCACAUAUUUAUAUGAAACAGAAAAAUAUCAACAAGCUUUGGAAUUAUACAAACAUUUAAGUAGAAAAUUACAAAAGCAUACAGAAUUAUUGAAACCUUCAAUAAAUCCUUUUGAAGAUGAAGAAAGCGUGACGAUGAUGACGACACCGCAAAAAACAACAACACCGGUGAUUCCUUUAAAUAUUUUAUGUUGUGAACAGAUAUGUAAAUCACUACUGGCUAUUUAUAAACCAAAACCACGAAUAUCUUCAGAAGACAACGAUGAUAAUGAUGAUGAUGAUCAACCAUCAAAAUUGUUAUCCUACUUAAAUGAAGCUUUAGACUAUGCAGAAAAGUCAGAGAAUCAAAAACUCAUGGGAUUAUGCAAUAAACAAAUCAGUCAGGUAUAUCAAGUCAAUGAACAAUAUGAAACAGCUUAUGAAUUUGCUGAAAAAUAUCUACAUGCCGCUGAACAAACUGAUGAUGUAUUAGAAAAGAUAGAAGCAUAUAAAUUAUUGGCAAAUAUCAAUGAAAGUUUAUUGAAAAUCGAUGAAGCUGAAAGUAAUUACAGCUCAAUUGUGAGUUGUGCAAGUCAAUGGAAUAAUCCAACUAUACUACUUGAAGCCUAUGAAAUGUUAACUAAAUUCUAUAUAACUAAAACACAUAAAUAUGAAUUAGCUAAGCUGACUUCUGAAAAUGGAUUAAAGUAUGCUCAAACAAUGGAAGAUAACCCAGCAAUAGCGGCAACAACUAAUCUUCAAAAAUCCCUUAUCACUGAUCUGAUUCAUCAAUUAAAAUUAUAUUAUUCAAUUGCAAAGGGUAAAUUAUUAGAAGUUGAUUAUUUGACAACAAUGAUUGCUGCUCAAACCAAUUCACAGGAUAUGCUCAGCUUAAUUAAAUGGAAGAAUAAACAUGACGACUUAUCAGCAUAUGAUAAAGAUUAUUUUAUGAAAGUAACAUAUGACAGUUUUUCUCAGAAAAGAAAAGAUAUUGUCCAACUGGUGACUACAAAAGCUUCUAACUGA